CUCACAUCAGAGGCGACUCAAACUAACUCGGAGUAGCCUACUCUCUGCAAGGAUUGAGACGCGCGUCACUUGUCUUGGUUCGGAAAACGGACUCGAGAACUGCGCUCCCGUGUUUUUGCCCUUCUCACUUCUAUCAGUAAAGCGGUCCCUGUGCUCGCGCUCAGUGCUCGCACUUUUGGGUUUGAAGUCGCGUGCCUGCCUGUGUAGGACGAUGAAACUUGGAACAGUUUUAAAACUUCUUCAGUGCGUGCUGUUUUUUCUUCCAAUCGCGAUGCAUGCGCAAACAGUGCUCCCUCCAGAGUGCGCACCGGGCGGCCACUCCAUCCUCCAGAACCCCUACCGCAGCACCACCUUCAGCUCCAGCUGGCUGCAGCAGUCGGCCCUGCAGGAAUUCAUCUGCGACCACUCCCUCGCUCCGGGAUGGUACCAGUUUCAGAUUUUUGACAAGCCGGCAAGCAUGCCCACCCAGUGUGUGGAGGUGAAUCACUGUGGGACCCAGGCUCCCGUGUGGCUGUCCCUGGCUGAGGGGGAAUCCCUGCCGGGUCCUCUGGAGUUGAGGCAGCUGACGGCCUGCGCUACCUGGCAGCUCUUUCCGGGCAACGGUAAAGACUGCUGCAUGUUCCGCAUCCCGGUCACAGUCCGCAGCUGUGGAGACUUCUACGUGUACCUGCUCCAGCCGACACAGGGAUGCAUGGGAUACUGUGCACAGGAGAUGUCAGACCCAACAGCCUCGACGUCACCGCCCUGUGGCCCCGACGAGCUUGAGGUGGAUGGAACAUGUCAAACAAAGCAGCCUCCGACUCCCUCUGUUCCUGUGAUCGUCUCCGAGGUGACGGGAAACACGGUCUACCUGAAGUGCAGCUUCGAGAGCAGCUCCAACAGCUCCCUGGGUCACGUGGUGGCCUGGUCUCGCCUCUCACCCGAGGGCAGGAAGGAGGAGCUCAAACAGGAGACCACCAUCCAGACCUCCGCCUUUAUCGAGCUGGACGGCUUCAACCUCCGUCUGGGUGACAAGAUUUACUGCUCCUGCUCCAGCUUCCUUUUGGACUCGCCUGACAUCCACGGCGCUUCGGUGGACAGUCAUGAGUUCUUCGCUGGGAUAACGCUGAGACCGGAGGUGAUCAGUGUGUCUGAAGAUGGGCGGCUGUAUGAGUUGGUUGUUGAGAGCUCAGUUCCUGUCCCGUGUCUGGAGGAUUCCCCCUCCUCGACGGAGCAGUGCAGCCUGUCUCUGAAGCUCAGUACCAGCAGUAAAGAUGAGGCGUUUCUGGGAGCAGAUCUGUCCCUGUCCUCCUGCGUAGUGGAUCUGCCCCGGCGCCCCUGCAGGGACGGGAUCUGCAGCCGAGCGGUGAUCCACUUCAGCCCCGUCACAGACUUUGUCAAAGACGACAACAGGACGACUCGGAUAUCGGUUAAAUCCAUUAUCACACAAAACUUUCUCUGGAACGGAUACUCACCAGAACCAGUGGAGAUAACAGUGAAAGACAUCCCUCCGGCCUACUGCUACUCCUUCACUGAUCCUCACAUCAUCACAUUUGAUGGCAGGCACUAUGAGAACUACCAGGUCGGCACUUUCGUCCUCUAUAAGAGCGGCUUCCGGCCGUUCGAGGUCCAUGUUCGUCAGUGGGAGUGCGGCAGCGUCGUGCAUGCCGCCUCCUGUGUGUGCGGCUUCGUGGUGAGGGAUGGCGGCGAUGUCGUCGCCUUUGACAUGUGCAGCGGAGAAAUGGGAGAAACCAAACCUCACCUGUCCGUGAAGAACAGAGACCUGAGCAAGAGCGGCGUCCGCAUCACAGAGUCCUACCAGGGGCGCAAAGUCACGAUGACCUUCUCAUCUGGAGCCUUUGUCCGAGCCGAUGUGUCUAACUGGGGAAUGAGUCUGACGCUGAGAGCGCCCGGUUCAGACCGCAGCCACACUGAGGGUCUGUGCGGGACAUAUGAUGGACGGUCAGACAACGACUUCCAAUCAGCAGGAGGCGCCAUACUAGAGGACCUGCACGCUUUUAUCUCUGCAUGGAGACUCCCUCCAGGCAGCAGCCUGUUUGACACCCUGCCAUCCCACCUGAGUCCCCCGAGCACCCGCAGGUUCUGUAACUGUCAGGCAGAGCCCCGCCCCCCGUCCCCCAGAGCCCGAGCUCAACGAGUCACCUCCUCUGACUCCACCUGCUCUCAUCGUGGCAACGUGCAUCUCUCCGGCGUCAUCCCCACUCUGGAUGUCACCGCUGAGUACAUCAGCUCGGUGGAGCUACUCAGAGGGGACGGCAAUGACAGACAGCCGCUGCCUCCAGGUCACUCCAGCCAAAACUCCCAGGGUGGAGGUAGUGAUGUUCGGCAGCUUGAGAGAAGCUUCCCGUCCAGGGAGAGAGCCUCUGGGUCCGCUCACCAUCAGCCACAGAGAGGCAGGCGGCAGACCCACCGUUUUGUUUCUAACUCUCCGCAUCAAAGCCUCAGCCAGUCUGAUCUGGAAGGCUUCACCUACUUUUUCCCAGAGGAUCACGAAGCUCCAGUUCAACCAGACUCCUCCCUCACCUGGCCCACACCGUCUGGCCUGACCCAGCAGCAGGCCAGGUCCCAGUGCCGGCAGGCUGUGGCAAACUCAAGCAUAGCGUCCGGCUGCAGGCGCCUGUUGGAGGAGUCGAUAAUAAGCAGUGCCGUGGGCAUGUGUGUCGCCGACCUGCAGCUGAAGGACGAGCUGUCAUGGCUGAAUGCGACACUACCUCUGCUGGAGAACGAGUGUGAGAGGAGGCUGACGGAGGAGAGGAGGAGAGAGGACGAGUACCAGGAGGUUCUGUCUGUCCUCAAGUGUCCAAACCUCUGCAACUGGAACGGCCAGUGCUCGGAGUGGGGAUGUGUUUGCUUCCCAGGGUUCGGCUCUUAUGACUGCAGUGUGCUGGCUGACCAGAUCCCAGAGAUCACCGAGCUGGAGAAGGAGGGUCUGUGUGACUUCCGGCAGGGCGACUGCUCCACCACCCAGGUCUACGGUCAAGGCUUCAAGGACUCCUACGAGCUCAAGUGUGAGUUUGUUAGAGAAAAGUUUGCUGACGGGGAUUGGGUUCUGGACGAGCCCCAGUUCGUCCGAGCCGUCUUUCUGGCUGUGACUGCUCUGGAGUGCCAGCUCCCCCUGCAGGACAGCCGCGCUCCUGCAGACUUGGACCUGGAAGCUGUGAGAAACAGACCCCUGGCUCGCUGGCAGAUCAAAGUUUCCAACGAUGGCUACAGCUACAGCAACGCCAAGAUUCUCACUCUGUAUGAUGGAGCCUGCCAGAUCUGCACCCUCGACACGGAGGUGCUCUGUACCCUCAGGGAGAAAACCUGCAACAUCGACGGCCUGUGUUACAGUGAGGGGGAGUCCAAUCCCAGCAGCCCUUGCCUCACAUGCCGCUCAGACUCGUCCAAACACACGUGGUCCAUCGCAGAGAAGAACGAGCCCCCGGCGCUCCAGUCUUUGCCGUUCCGUCUCCACUCCUUCCAGGGGGAGAAUUUCAUCUACCAGCUCCAAGCUCGGGACCCUGAGGGCUCCGCGGUGCUCUUCACCCUGGACUCAGGUCCUGAAGGUGCAUCUCUGUCCCCGGCAGGCCUGCUGAUGUGGACGGCCACAGCUGAAGCUACAGACUCACACACUUUCCAGUUUACUGUGACGGACGAUUGCAACGCUGAAACCAGGGCUUCAGUGCAGGUGUCAGUGCGCUCCUGUGACUGUCUGAACGGAGCUUCCUGUGUGACCAACGUCCACCUCCCUGCUGGCAGCGGCGAGUACCGGUGUGUGUGUCUGGAGGGGUUUAAAGGUGAAAGGUGCGAGGUGGACAUCGAUGACUGUAAACCAAACCCCUGCAGACUGGGCCUCUGUAUCGACGGAGCCAACGCCUUCUCCUGUAUCUGCCCGCCUGGAAUGACAGGCCGCACAUGCAGAGAAGACGUAGACGAGUGCGUCUCUGAGCCGUGCUCUCCGGGAGUGACCUGCAACAACACGCUGGGCUCCUUCAUCUGUGGACUCUGCCCGCAAGGAUUCAGCGGGGACGGGAGAACCUGCACACGUGACAAAGACUCUCCGGUCAGAGCGGCGACCACACCGGUAAGAGUUCCACAGAGACCCAGACCGUCAGCCCCGUCAGCAUGCUCCAGGCGGCCGUGUCACCCGGGGGUGCAGUGUUUUGAGAGCACCCAUGUCUCGGCGGGGUUUGUCUGUGGACCCUGUCCUCCUGGUCUCCAUGGAAACGGGCGGAUAUGCUCGUCAGCUGGUCAGGUCAACAAUGGAGCAAAUGGUCAAAUUCACAUCCUCAAAUCCAAUUCCAGCAGAGAAACCACUCCCACCUCCUCUUCAUCAUCUCCCAUCUCACCCAGACGACCCCCUGACAGGAGGACCAGACCUGAAACCACCAGCUCCAGUAUCAGGAGGACGCCACACAAUCAAACUACCAGCAGAGUGUUGACGCCCACCGUCCACAGAAGUCAGCCCAGCGUGGAGAUAAACCCUGACCUCACCACAGGGGUCAGGUGGGGGUCUAAGUACGUGACCUGUGCUGACUCCCCCUGCUUCCCUGGUGUUCCCUGUGAGCCCACGGUCACGGGUUCCUUCAGGUGUGGGCGCUGCCCGUACGGGUUCACUGGAGAUGGAGUCAUAUGUAAAGCUGUGUGCAGGUAUCAGUGUGCGAGGAACAUGGAGUGCUCUCUGCCCAACACCUGCACCUGCAAGGAAGGCUACACCGGAUACAACUGUCACAUUGCUGUGUGUCGACCUGACUGUAAGAACCAGGGGAAGUGUGUGAAACCGAACGUGUGUGACUGUCCUGUGGGCUACAGCGGGCCCACCUGUGAGGAAGCUAGCUGUGAGCCUCCCUGUCAACAUGGAGGCACCUGUCUGAGCAGAAACCUGUGUACCUGCCCCUACGGCUACGUGGGACCCAGAUGUGAAAUCAUGGUGUGUAACAGGCACUGUGAAAAUGGAGGUGAAUGUGUCUCUCCUGACGUCUGCAAAUGCAAACCAGGCUGGUACGGACCGACGUGCAACUCAGCGCUCUGUAACCCGUUCUGUGUGAACGGAGGAACCUGCAUCAGGCCCAACAUCUGCUCCUGCCCCACUGGUUUCUACGGCUCCCAGUGUCAGAUCGCUGUAUGCAAUCCUCCCUGUAAGAACGGAGGUCAGUGUAUGAGGAACAACGUGUGCUCCUGUCCCGAAGGCUACACAGGAAAACGCUGUCAGAAGAGUGUAUGUGAGCCGACGUGCAUGAACAAAGGGAAGUGUGUGGGACCCAACACGUGCUCCUGUGCAUCGGGAUGGAGAGGGAGGAGGUGUAACAUACCCGUCUGCCUGCAGAAGUGUAAAAAUGGCGGCGAGUGUUUGGGACCAAACACCUGCCACUGUCCCAGCGGCUGGGAAGGUCUGCUGUGUCAAACAGCGGUGUGUAAACAGAGGUGUCUGAACGGGGGGAGGUGUGUCCUCCCUGAUUACUGCCACUGCCGGAGAGGCUACAAGGGACUCACCUGUGCAGCGAAGGUCAGCCUCACCUCAUAUAACGUAAAGGCAGCAGUCUGAAUAAGACUAGAGGCUUCACAGGUAUGAUGGAGGAGUCUGAAUGGGAUGAAAGAAGAAGCUACAAAAUGCACAAGACGAGAAGAGAGCACCAUGCAUUGUUGUGUGUGUGUUUAUGAGUGUGUGUGUGUGUGUGUGUGUGUGUGUGUGUGUGUGUGUGUGUGUGUGUGUGUGUGUGUGUGUUGAGUGGCUCCGUGCACAUUUGAAGGCCAACAGAGGGACAUGAUGUAUUGCACUUGUCUGUUCGUCCCUGUAAAUCACUACCUCAAUGCUGAGAGAGACACACACAUCUGGGGAAAGCAUCUGCAGCGCGCACAGAGUUACCGCACGGCGUCGUUCAGAGAGAAGUACAAGACAAACGAAUCAGUGAUGAGUUUCACACAAUUACCAAAGUAUUAUAACCUAGUUUAACUUUUAUGAAACGGACGCGCACUGUUAGUUUAUUAGUUGAGAUAAAAUGUAAGUUUGAUUAACUCACUGCGCUUUAUUUAGAUGGUACACAUCAGUUAGUUAGACUGAAAACAUUAAUAUAAAUAUGUUGCAAUUUCUUUUUUUUGCUUUCCUUAAUAUAUUGUUUGAUUUGGCCCCUUUAAAGGCAGGGUUGGCCAUUUAAAAAAACUAGCAUGAUUUUGAAAGUAGCAUUCCCUCAGUGCUGCGUCUGCACCCACUCCCUCCCCUCUGUGCCCCCUCAAAAGCCACGCCUCCUCACUAACAUGCACGAGCGCUGUUGGUCCAGAAGUGGACCUCAGCUCACCUCUUACAUUGUGUAGAAACUACGUCGUCUCAUGUCUCAUUCAGCGGUAAAAGACGGGACCUAAAGACAACUUCAACCAAAAUCUUAAAAAGUGGAUCUGGAGGAAAUUACCAACCCUGCCUUUAAGUUAUAGACUGUUGCACAUUAACACAAAUAACUUAAUAUGUUUUAAAGGAAGAAUGUGCGACAUGUUUCACAUAAAUAUAUCAUAAAUGCAUUAUCUCCUGUGUAAAUGUGUCUGUGAGUCCUGACUGUCUACAAUGAGUGAGAAGCUCGAGUCCCGCUGGCUGUGUUGUUGUCAGAGUCGUGUUUACAUGGACGGGACAGCAGGCUCCUCCCCUUUUGUAUAAAAGCUGUUUUAGUCAAGGACUAGAGAGAAGAAGAACAUACUCACUGAUUAUUUGGAUGUUAGUAAGAGUUUUUAGAUCACGCUCAUUCUGUGUCAAAGUACAUACAAUGUGAAGCUACGAGCUAACUAAA